AUGGUUAAUGCAACCAACUUACAGGAAACCUUUUCUUCAUUUAAAAUUGGCUCAGAAGAACAGGCUAUGCUAGUUUUGGCGUGUCUUGUUCAUAAAAUAUUCAGCCUCAGGAAGAUGACUCUCUUCUGUAUGCUGUUGUGUGAUGUGUUCUUUACUGCAGUAGGAGCAGAAAUCGUUUCUGUUCAUAUUCUGAGUUCUAAAGCAAAUGCAUAUGUUGGAGAAACUCUGGUGAUCAACUGUAAAUUCCAAGAAACUGAUGUGAUUAUCCAAAGUGCUUUUCGGAUUCACUGGCAGAAGAAGAAUAAAGAUACAUUUAUUGUUGUACACAGUUACUAUGAUGGAGAUGACAGACUUCAGGACCAGGAGCUAGACUAUCAAGACCGAACCCAACUGUUCCACAGUGAAUUCCAACAUGGAAAUGUUUCGCUGAUGUUGUCCCGCGUUAAACUAUCUGACAGUGGACUUUAUCGCUGUGUAGUAGCAGAUCAAAUGGGUCUGUAUUUUGAUGAGGGAACUUUGAAAGUCCAUGCAAAAAAUAAUGCCCCAGUAAUUACAGUGCUAGAGGGUGGUGGUAAAUUUGGACUUAACUGUGAAACUACCAGAAGAGAUCACAAAGCAGAAAUAACAUGGAGCUAUGGAAAAGCAGUUAGAGCUGAAGAGAUAGGAGUCAAGGCCCAUUCCAUAAUGUCUACAGGGCACUUUGCUGUACAAAGCAGUUUGUUGCUGGAAGAUAGUACCCAGGAAAAAGUGUGCUGCUUAGCUGGGAGUACAGACACAGAAGAGCUGCUGGAGACCUGCAUGGUUAUACAGGGAAAUAACUCACAAGAUCUAGAAACACAGUGUCCUGCCAUCUGGAUUUGGUUGAUUAUCAUGUGUAUUGUAAGUGUGAUAAGUAUCACAGUUAACAUUAUCCAAUAUGUCAAAGCUGUCAGUGCUGUAAAAAGAACAAAUUUGCAUAUAGAUCGUCGAUAUACCAGUAACCCUAUGCACUAUAAUCUAGUCCUUCAUGUUGUCACAUUGUUCAUUAAAUCCUACUUCAUGUAA